AUGGUAAAAAUAUUUCUCGUUCAGUUUGUUGACGAUGCCGAUUCACCUCCAGGAAGAUACGGUACUUUAUUCAUGGGACUGCUUUUUAUGUACAGCCUUUUUCUGUCCAGUACCUAUAGCAGUGGAUUAGCGGCAGUUAUGACAUUGCCGAGAUAUAACCAUCCCAUAGAAACAGUCCAAGAUCUGUUGGAUAGUGGUAUCCCGUGGGUUGCUCCUCACGAGAUUUGGAUUUUUUCCAUAUCGCAUUCAGAGGUGCCAAUCUUUAAAGCAAUUAUAAAUGCAUUUCUGGCAGAACCUUCGGAAGAAAAGUUACAAGAUUUUUCCAAAACACGCGAUUACACUUUUGCUGUGGAAAGAUUACCACAAGGUACUUUUGCUUUUCCAAUCGACAUUCACGAUGAAGUAAUUGAAAAUUUCAGAGUAUUAAAGGAAGAUUUAUAUUUCGAACAGUUGGUUGUUAUUGCAAGAAAAAGUUCUGUGAUACUGCCUGUUCUUAAUAAGUAUCUCUUAAGAUUUUGUGAAUUGGGGCUUAUUGACCAUUGGCAAAAUGAGGCAGUACUUUUAUUUGGAAAUCCACAUAUGUCAAGAGCAAUAUUAAGUAAUGCCAAAACCGCUACAGUAGGUAAACUUAAGUGGACUCAUGUUGAAGGAGCAUUUGGCGUCUUGAUAUUUGGACAAUUAAUAGGGUUCCUAGUGUUUAUAUUUGAAAUAGGAGAAGCUCAUUAUAAAAGGCAAAAAAAUAAAGAUACAUUUUCUUAG